GUCGUGGCUACUGCACGGCUUGAUAGUAUAUCACAUGAAGAGCCUCGUAGGUGUGAAAAGUGCCUUGUCUCCUUCUAACUCUACCAAACCCAUAGCGCUACGCUGCUUAAGGACAAUUCCAACAACCAGACUACCACCCUCUCACACCCAAGCUCUCCAUCAAGCUACUACGCGAUCAUUACAGCUCAAGCUCACUCCAGACACGAGACCAACCACAUUUCUCAACCCAAAGACAGCAACCAUGUCCCUCUUCACUCCCCACUCCGACUUCCCGCCAUCCGGCAUCAAACCCAUCCUCGACGAAGUAACCCAACUCCUCAAAUCCCGCUCCGAAACAAUCUCCAUCGCCGAAACCGCCGCAGGCGGCCUCAUCUCCUCCUCCCUCCUCUCCCAACCGGGAGCGUCAGGCUACUACAAAGGCGGCCUCACCCUAUACACCCUCCCCUCCCGAAUCGCAUACGCAGGCUGGACCCAAGAAACGAUCGAGAAUUACAAGGGUCCUACUACCGAUAUCGUAUCCGGGUUGGCGAAACAUGUAAGGAAGGAUUUAGAGAGUACGUAUACGUUAUCUGAGAGUGGGACGGCGGGACCGACGGGAGGUACGACGAGGAAUCGAAAGCCGGGGUAUGUUGCUCUCGCGGUGGAUUGUGAGAGGGGCACUUUUGUGAGGGAGAUUGAGACCAACUUGGGGCCGGAUAGGGUGGGGAAUAUGGUGCAGUUUGCUAUUGAGGCGUUGAAGUUGUUGAGGGAUGUUAUGAGUGGGGAGGCGAAGCUUUGAUGGAGGGUAUGAGAGCGGAUGCUGGGCGUGCUGGAGGCAUUGGUAUGAUAUGCAGCUUCGUUAAUGACUUGCUCAUCUCAG